CUAAACCCAUCACCACCUGUCGAAAAACUUUAACAUUUUUCCUAAUAACUCAAAAAAUAAGCAAACCAGGAGGAAGCGGACAAGUGGAGGGUGUAGGUGGAUGAUCCCCGCCACGUGCAAGUACAAGGGAGGGUGGAUGGAGAGCGAGAGAAGGGAGAAAUAAGCGAAAAACCACGCCCUCCGGAACUGAGCAAGCGCAGGAUCGUCACCGAAGUUAGGGUUGGGCUAUGAAGGAGAGGUAGUUUGUGAUACCUUCCUGCGCGCUACACACCCCUCCACUCUUCCACCCUUUUCUCCGCAAUAUCCACUCAAACAUCAUGAGUGAGGAAGUAAUUCUGGUGACCGGGGUGAGUGGGUACAUCGGCGCCCACGUGGCCAAGCAGCUGCUGGAGGCGGGACACAAGGUCAGAGGCACCGUGCGAAGCCUGGAAAACGAAGCCAAGAUCGCGCCACUCAAGAACUUAGCGCCAAAUUCAAAGUUCCCGCUUGAGUUAGUGGCAGCAGAUUUGACUAAGGAUGACGGCUGGGAGAAGGCCGUGGAGGGGUGUUCAGGGGUGAUGCACGUGGCCAGCCCCUUUCCUGACAUCACCAGCAAGGCAGUGACUGAGGAGGAGCUGCUGGAACCUGCUAGGGAGGGCACUUUGAGGGUUCUGAAGGCUGUGGCAGCGACUAAGGGAGCUGUCAAAAGAGUGGUGCUGACAUCUUCUUUCGCCUCUGUGUUUGGAGAGUCAACGCCAGAUCCCAGCAAGAAAUAUAACGAAGAGGAUUGGACAGACCCCGAAUCGACAACCCUUGACCCUUAUACUAAGUCGAAGGUCGUGGCGGAGAAGGCUGCUUGGGAAUACAUCAAGGAACUGUCCGACGAGGACAAGUUUGAGCUGUCAGUCAUCAACCCGACACUGGUGAUGGGGCCACCGUUGCUGGAGACCCACCGUACCUCCACCUCAGUCUCGCUCAUGACCGGGAUUGUCAACAAGACUUACCCUGGCGUGCCUCGUGUGCAGUUCCCGGUGUGCGACGUGCGUGAUGUGGCCAGGGCUCAUGUCAAGGCGCUAACUCUCCCAGAAGCCGCGAACAACAGACACAUCAUUGCCACGGACAGCUGCUGGUACCGGGACAUUGCCAUCAGCGUAGCCAAGGAGUUCAGGCCGCAGGGUUACUCUAUCGCCACCGCCCAGCUGCCUUAUGCCCUCUGCUGGCUGGCGGGACUCUUCAACAGGCCUAUGAGGAACAACAUCUUGCCACGCAUUGGGAAGACUAUCAAUGUGGACAACAAGAGGAUGGUGGAGGUGCUGGGAGUGGAACCUACAGCGAUUGACUGUACUUUCCACGACAUGGUGUACGCUAUGGUGGACCUCGGCAUUGCUAAGAAGGCCAAGAAGUACAAGAUGGUUGGCUCCCACGCAGAUACCCCCGCGGUGAAUGGAGAAGUGGAGGAGGAGAAUAAAGAAGGGAAGAAGGAAGAGGAGGAGGAGAAGGAGGAGAAGGAGAAGAAUGAAUUGGAACCAGAGGAUAAAGAGAAGAAAGAAGAUGAAGAAAUAAAGGAAGGAAAGGAGGAAGAGGAGAAGAAGAAGGAAGAGAAGAAGAAGGAGGAGGAGGAGGAGAAGAAGGAGGAGGAGGAGAAGUGAAGGAGGAAGAGGAGGAGCAGGAGUGUGGAUGUGGAUGUGACGAAGGCAAGGAUGUGGAUAAGCUUAAGUUUUGAUGAGGAAUGUGGAGCGAUGGUGCACACUUACAUAUAACACACGCACACACGCACACACACGCACACGCACACGAAAAUCACUAUAUAUAUAUAUGUAUUUGCCGUAACGAGAGAGAGAGAGAGAGAGAGAGAUAUCAUUGUACCGUGUCUGUAUGUCUGUAUGUCUGUUUCUUCAAAGGUUGCGAUAAAUCUGCUUCGUCUCUUCAAUAAA